AUGGUUGUCGAUAACCUUGAUGUUGUUCUGACCGGCACAGGCCUUGGUCUUGUAGCAUUGGCUACUGCACCCGCCCUAGUCGCAGUUAUCGAUCAACUGCGUAAGCGAACCCCCAAGGAUAACUUCUAUGAAGAUAUCGAUGGGAAAAGCACACCAGAAAGCAUUGCCGCUUUUUCAAACCGAUUACCCAAGAUCUUGAUUCUGGUCUCAUCCGCCACAGGUCUGGGAACGUCAAUCGCCGUAUCAGUAUUGUCAUCGCUUCACAGCUCUUCAAAUGAACUGUUGCUCGAGAACUGGCUUCUUACUGGCGCCUGGCUUCUGAUUGCCAUCCAUGCCAUUUCGUUGAGUGCUCAUCAUUCGCCUGUAAAAGUUCACGACCUUGGACUCUGGCUCCUGUUGUCUUCGAUUACCGUUGCCGCUAUUGCUGUGGCUCAGUUGACCAAGGAAGCUCAGUAUGGUUCCCAUAAGAACACCGCUCCUUUGGUCCUUCGUGCUGUGAACGUUGGGGCUGUCAUCCUCCUCGGCUUCUUCAGUGUAUUGCUUCCACGUCGGCCUGAUGUUUUUAUUGAAGACCUCAAAGUUGACGGCCAAUGGACCGUAUCUGCCUUCAACCGCUAUACUUGGUCAUGGAUUAGCCCUCUUCUUCGUGUUGCGACCCAGAAGAAUGAUCUCGACACAAGUGAUGUCCCUUACCCAGACAGGACUCUUCGAGCUGCAGGUCUAAAAGAAGACUGGUUUGUGUCCAAGCCUCAGAACAGCCUCUUUCGCUCGGUGCUUUGGGCCUACAAAGGUCCAUUUUUCUUCCAGUUUUCUAUCACUACAGUUCGAAACCUCCUGGCUCUUCUGCCUUUUUGGGCCAUGUUGCGAGUCAUCAAUAUCCUCGAACAACGAGAUAUAGGACUAUCUGGAUCGUCGAACCUGGAACUCUGGGUAUUGGUAUUUGCCAUGGCCGGUUUUAACCUUCUGGAUGCUUGGGUUGAGGGAUGGGCAUUUUGGUACUCGUUUGCAUGUAUCGCUUUGCCUAUUCGGUCUCAGCUUUCAACGCUCAUAUUUGAAAAAUCACUUCGACGCAAGAAUGUAAAGUCGGCAGAGAAGUCAAAGGAGUUAGACGCAUCUCAGGAAACGCCUGAUAAGAAAAAGGAGGACGAAUCUGACGAAGGCUCCCUCAAGUCUCGACAAGCCAUCGUGAACCUUGUCGGCAUCGAUACUUUACGAAUCUCAAGUUACACAGGAUACCAAUUUCUGAUUUUUAACAGCAUCUUCAAAUUGUUUUUCUUUUCCUUCUUCCUAGUCCGCCUGAUUGGAUGGGUCCCCUUUACAGCCGGAUUUUUUGCCUGGGGUCUCACUCUUCCUGCUAAUACUUACUUUUCUAAAGAACUACUUGGAAGGUCAGACAAGCUGAUGAAGCUUCGUGAUGAAAAGCUUGCCGUGGUGAAUGAAGCUUUGCUUGGUAUGAGGCAGAUUAAAUUUGCCGCGCUCGAAAGCCGCUGGGAGAAGCGCAUCCUGACUAUGAGAGAGAGGGAACUUAAGACCCUCUGGGGACUCUUUAUCGUUGACACUGGUCUUUUUGGAUGCUGGGUCAUCAGCCCCAUUCUCCUUGCCGCGACAUCUCUUGCCGUCUAUGCUAUUAUCAACGGUCAACUUCAACCAUCGGUCGCUUUCGUUAGUAUUGGGAUCUUUAAAGCUUUAGAGGUCUCCCUGGGCGUACUGCCGGAACUUAUCACAAUGGGAGUGGAUACUUAUGUUUCUCUCAAUCGAAUCCAGACGUACCUCAACGGUCCUGAGAUGAAGCACACGUUGUCCGAAGGAACGGAGGUGGGCUUUGAAAAUGCGAGCAUCGCUUGGCCUGAGGACGAUGAGAAGUCUGAUGAAGACAGGUUCAUCCUCAGAAACUUGAACUUCAGCUUCCCAGCUGGUGAACUAUCCGUUAUCUCUGGAAAGACUGGUACGGGGAAAAGCUUGCUUCUUUCUGCUAUACUUGGCGAGACAGACAUCUUGGAAGGAUCUGUUUGCGUGCCACAGACCGUCUCUCCACACGAGCGACAUGAUGCACAGGCUCAUCUUGGCGACUGGAUCCUCCCUGGGUCUGUCGCAUACGUUGGACAAACCCCUUGGCUUGAAAGUGCGUCACUUCGCGAUAAUAUCUUGUUCGGCUUGCCCUUCAUUGAGGAGCGCUACAACAAAACCGUCGAGGUCUGUGCUUUGAAGAAGGACCUGCAGAUUCUUACAGAUGGUGAUAAGACUGAGCUCGGUGCCAAUGGUAUCAACCUCAGCGGUGGACAGAAGUGGCGAGUCACUUUGGCUCGAGCCAUCUAUUCUCGUGCUGAAAUUUUGGUUAUGGAUGACGUCUUUAGUGCUGUCGACGCACACGUUGGUAGACAUAUUUUCGAGAAGUGUGUCACAGGCGAUAUUUGCAAGGGACGAACGAGAAUUCUUGUCACCCAUCAUGUUGGCCUGGUCCAGUCGAAAGCCAAGUAUAUUGUUGAGCUCGGUGAAGGCGUUGCUUUGCACUCCGGUUUGGUAGCUGACUUUAUUCGCGAUGGGACAUUGGAUGAAAUCAGGCAUCAUGAAGAAACCGCACAGCAGUCCUCAGAGGACGAAACGAUAGAUUCUUCUACUGCUGUCAACUCUGAGGAUGUCUCUGUCACUGACCCUACCGAAACAAACGAAAACAUGCCACUGCAGAAGGUGCCUUCGAAGACUGCGAAGCAAUUUAUCCAGGAAGAAGCACGAGAAAAGGGCAUGGUGAAGAAGCACGUAUAUCUUACUUAUUUAAAGGAUAGUGGCGGCACCCUUAUGUGGAGUGUAUGUGCAGUUGUCUUUCUUGGCUUUCAGAUUGGAAUUCUUGGUCGGGCCUGGUGGCUCCGAAUCUGGACUGGUGAUGUCGACGAAAGUGUUUCUACCAGCAGCCUCCAGCAACACCACGGCCAUGCCUCCAUCUUUUCGCUCCAACAUUUCCCAUACAGUUCUGCACCUGAGCUCAGCAUCACCAAAUCUCACUACGAUCUGAAGUAUUACUUGUGGGUCUACAUCGCAAUCUCAACUGUUACAGCAAUCAUUGGUACUUUCCGAUUCUACUGGGCGUAUUACCUUGCAAUCAAAGCGAGUCGGUCGCUCUUCGAGAAGAUGCUGUUUACGGUCCUACACACUCCACUGAGAUGGCUCGAUACCGUUCCCGUUGGCAGAAUCCUGAACCGAUUCUCGUCGGAUUUCAACAUUAUCGACAAUCGCAUCACUUUGGACUGGACUCAAUUCAUCGCCGGCCUUUUGUCUCUGGUCGGUGUAUGUGUCGCCGCUUUCUUUGCCUCCGGUAUCGUCAUUCCCUUGGCUAUAGCCUUGCUGGGACUCGGUGCCCUUCUGGGCAACAGAUAUCUUUAUGGUGCACGACCAUUAAAGCGACUUGAGAGUAACUGCAAGUCUCCUGUGUUUGAGCUCUUCAACGCAGCGCUUGCGGGCGUGUCCACUAUCCGAGGAUACAAAAAAACUCAGGUCUAUAUUGACAGGAUGUAUCAGAAACUUGACACGUGGGCAAUCAUCACGUCCUACAUGUGGCUCGUCAAUCGCUGGAUGGGCCUGCGUAUGGGUCUCAUCGGUACACUGUUCUCAACAAUUGUUGGUAUCAUUGUUAUUGUGAGCCCCAAUAUGGAUGCCGCGCUUGCCGGGUUCACUCUAUCGUUUGCAAUGGACUUUGCCGAGAGCAUCCUCUGGACAAUUCGAAACUAUGCUACUAUGGAACUGAAUAUGAACGCGACAGAGCGAGUUGUCGAGUAUACAGACCUUGAGAUGGAGUCACUCGUGGGGGAGAAGCCCCCUGCUGCGUGGCCUACUUCGGGAACUAUGAAGAUUGAUAACCUGGAGGUCUCAUAUGCAUAUGAUCUGCCACCUGUUCUCAAAGGAAUCUCUUUCGACGUUAAGAACAAUGAGAGAGUCGGUGUUGUAGGACGCACUGGCGCUGGAAAGUCGUCCCUGACACUUGCCUUGUUCCGGUUCUUGGAGGCUCGUUCUGGCAGCGUUACCAUUGACGGUCUGGAUAUCUCUAAGGUUGAUCUGUAUAGCUUGAGAUCUCGUCUCGCCAUCAUACCUCAGGACCCUGUACUUUUCUCGGGCACUAUCAGAUCAAACCUCGAUCCUUUCGAAGAUAAUACAGACGACGAGCUCCGCGAAUCUCUGACUCGUGUCCACCUUGUGGAUUCUCAGCCCGCUACGCCUGCAAAUGAACCCUCGUCGGCAGCAACAUCGACACUUGCUGUCAAGAACACAAACAUUUUCCGAGACCUCUCAAGCCCCAUCUCUGAAUCUGGAGGUAACCUCUCGCAAGGUCAGCGUCAACUUCUAUGCUUGGCUCGUGCCAUUGUAGCUCGACCCAAGAUUAUGGUCCUGGACGAGGCCACCUCGGCUGUCGAUAUGACUACCGAUGCACUCAUCCAACGAAGUAUUCGUGAGGAGUUCACUGACAGCACAUUGAUCGUCAUUGCACACCGUCUGAGUACCAUCGCUGACUUUGACCGUAUUCUUGUUCUUUCCGAUGGUCAAGUCGCCGAGUUUGGAACACCCAGGGAGCUUUGGGAACAAGAGGGCGUGUUCCGCGACAUGUGCGAUAGCAGUGGAGAGAAGGAAAAGUUGAGACAGACAAUAUUUGGUUGA